UUAAAACUGACCAAUGGAAAAUAAGAAUCAGACUGAAGUGACUGAAUUUCUUUUCUUGGGUCUCACAGACAUUCUCCAAGAGCAGAUUGUCCUCUUUGUCAUGCUCUUCAUUGUCUAUCUUGUCACCCUGGGGGGUAACAUAGGGAUGAUCAUUCUCAUAUGGACUGAUCUCAGAUUCCACACUCCUAUGUACUUUUUUCUCAGCCACUUGUCCUUUGUAGAUAUUUGUUCCUCUUCUUCCAUUGCCCCCAAGAUGCUGUGUGAUAUCUUUGCAGAGAAAAAAGGUAUCUCUUUCAUGGGUUGUGCUACACAGAUGUGGUUCUCUGGUUUCUUUGUGGCAACUGAAUGUUUCCUCCUGGCUUCCAUGGCAUAUGACCGGUAUAUGGCCAUCUGUAAGCCCUUGUUGUAUACACUCAUCAUGUCCCAGAGGGUCUGUGUGCAGCUGGUAGUAGGGCCUUAUGCCAUAGCUCUUCUAAGCACAAUGACCCAUACAAUUCUCACUUUUCGCUUACCUUUCUGUGGUACAAAUAUCAUCAAUCACUUCUUCUGUGACAUUUCACCACUGCUUUCCUUAGCAUGUGCAGACACUUUGAUCAAUAAAUUAGUGCUGUUCAUCUUGGCUGGAGCUGUAGUAAUGCUCAGUGGCUUGAUCAUCAUGGUCUCCUAUGUUUGCAUCCUGGCGGCCAUCUUGAAGAUGCAGACUGCUGAUGGGAGAAGGAAAGCUUUCUCCACCUGCUCUUCUCACCUGGCAGUUGUCUCCAUCCUGUAUGGGACUCUUUUCUUUAUCUAUGUUCAGCCUGGCUCAAGUCCCUCCCUGGAUAUCAAUAAAGUGAUUUCUCUGUUUUAUACCGUGGUGAUCCCCAUGUUGAACCCCCUCAUCUACAGCCUGAGGAACAAGGAGGUAAAAAAUGCACUCAGGAGGAAGUUUGAAAGGAAAAAUUCUCUAAUGGUUUUGGCAAAAUAGAACCCUGCCGUGUUGUACCACAGAUGUUGGUGCAGGCUGU